UCCGCCCGAAGACUUCGCGCUGGAAGGCCGGACGUCGGCGGCUCGGCCUCAGUGUUCCUCGGGACUGCGUGGUGUGAGGGUGUCUGUCCGCGCAGCUCCGUCGCCGAACUCGCGCGCUACGCGGAAACGUGCGAGGAAAGGGGAAAUCUUGUUUGAAUUUAUUUCAUUGUUUAUUUAUUUGUUCUUCCCCCAACGCGAGUUCUCUCUUUGUGUGCGUUUGUUCGGAGGAGAAAAUUCGAAAGAAGGAAAAAAAGUUUUUGUUGUGUGAUUGCCGUAGAAUGUUAGUGCAAGAGAUGGAAAUGUUUCUCAGAUAUGCCACGGUGUCUUUCCUCCGUUACAAUUGAAAUGUAACAGCCUCCUUUCGGUCGGAAUUAAGCUCUGAGAUUGGAAAUUGAUUUGCCUGCGGGAUUCCUGAGAUAAUUUGAGAUUGAACAGCGAAAUGUAGCGGAAGAUAUGUCGAGUCUAAGAGUGAAGAAUCUGUCGAGUUGAAUUCACAUUAACAAGGAGAUGUUUGGGCAGGCCCUCCGCCUGGCUCUCCUGCUGAGCCUGCAAAGGGGGUCCUGGGCCUCGACGCUCUUCCCGGGGGAUCCUCCUCCAAGACCACCUGUGGCUCCUCCCCCCCGCCCGCUGCCGCCCACGCGCUACUCGGACCACUCCUACCCGUACGCCUCGGGGCUCGUCCACACGCACGGCCUCGGCCACGGCGGCGGCGGCGGCGGCGGCGGCGGCGGCGGCGGCGGCGGCUUCCUCGACUUCUACGACAGCUUCGACGAGGCCGGGGAGAGCUGGGAAGAGGACGAGUCGUGGUGGGACGGCGUGGAGGAGGUCGUCCUCACCAACUCCUACCACGAUGGCUUCUCCUACGACGACCUGGCCUACGAGGACGACCUGUACGACAUCAACUAUACGUGCACCGACACGAUGGAGUGCGACGAGUUCGCGGCUCUCCCCCCGCCCCCCGACUUCAUCCUCACCCUGCCCCCUCCCCCCGUCCCUCCCUUCCUCCAGGGGGCCAUCGGGCGCCUGCAGGAGGAGGGGGGGAAGAUGAUGAAGCAGGAAUCACAGAAGGACGAGGACGAGAAGGGGGAGGAAAUGGGCUGGGAGUUCGACCAGUGCGCGCUGUGCGAGUGGGCCGGCGGGGGCAACAAGACGCUCAAUCUCCUCCCUCCAGUAUCAGGUAUGAGGCCGCUCUUGUCUCGGGGGGGAAGCCCGUCCCGUCCUUAUACAGGCACGAGGCUCGGGGGAAACAAGAAUUGAAGAUGGUUAGGAGAAGGGUAGAAAUAAUCGUAAAAAAAAUCAAAGUGAACAUAAAGGAAAACUUUACCCGUGUAUAUGAUCUAAACUUUUCCUUCUAUGUCCCUCUCCUUUCUUUCUUUCCUGAAAAAAAAAAACGGAAGAAAAAAAGUUAUCAGAAAUCAAACGCUCUUUAUCACACGGAAUCUAACCACCAAACGCCUGCCGAACACGCAAAUAAAGAGAAGUGAGCGUGGUUGCAUCAUCGCCUUAAAGCUGGUUAUCAAGUGUGGAUAGUUCAGAGUUCAGUUGAGUUCGC